AUGGUUUCAGAGACUUGGUUUCGUAAUCUGUGGAGAUUUCCAAAGAAACAUGAUGGUCAUAAAGAGAAAGCGGUGCUCGGUGUAUUAGCUUUCGAGGUUGCUAGUUUACUGUCGAAGCUUGUUCAUUUAUGGCAGUCUUUAAGUGAUAAGAAUGUUGCAAGGCUUAGAGGGGAGAUAACACAGUCCACUGGGAUUAAGAAGCUAGUUUCAGAAGACGAUGAUUUCAUUGUAAGGUUAAUAUGCGAUGAGAUGAUGGAGAAUGUUGAGAAUGUAGCUAAAGCUGUAGCUAGGCUCGCGAGGAAAUGUAACGAUCCUAAGUUGAAGAGCUUUGAGAAUUGUUUCAGUGAGACGAUGAAGUCUGGGGCUGAUCCAUAUGGGUGGAAAUUUGGGUGGAAGAAAAUGGAUAGAAAGGUGAAGAAAAUGGAACGUUUCAUCUCAUCGAAUGCGAGUCUAUACCAGGAGACUGAGAUUUUGGCGGAUCUUGAACAGACUUUCAAGAGAAUGAUGAGCAAUGAAUCUGCAACCGACAAUCUAUUGGAGUAUAAGAAAAAAGUUACUUGGAAAAAACAUGAAGUGAAGAAUCUGCAAGAUGUGUCUCUUUGGAACCGUACUUAUGACUAUACCGUACUUCUCUUGGUUAGGUCAAUUUUCACAAUCCUUAGUAGGACUAAACAUGUUUUUGGCAUUAGUUACAGAGGAGAUGUAAGUGAUGUUAGCUCUGCAGAUUCUGAUUUCAUUGGCCGCGCCCAUUCGGUUUCUACAAUUUUGACACCUUUGCCGCGUCAAUCUGAGACUAGCGGUCUUCCUCGAUUUGCUUCUGGUCCACUUGGAAGAUUUACCAGUCCAGCAUCAGGUUCAGUUGCUACAAGGUCCACGAAGAUGAGUGAUUUCCUUUCGGGUUCUCUCACCACAGAAUCCCCUAAGUCAGGCCCUCUUGCUGCAGAAAAGCACAAACGUUUCAAGUUUUACUCAGGUCCGCUCGGAAAGAUCACCUCCAAAUCUGGACCACUUAUCGGAAUGGGCAAAAACAACAAGAAGAUGGGACAGACCCCAGAGAGGCCUUCAAUUUCCUCAGUGAAAAAGCAAUCGAAACCCAACCGGUUAACACAGGUUGGCCCGUUUAAAGGCUGCAUGGUGUCUCACGACGGGAUUACCCCUCUCAGCACUAGGAACCGGAAUGGAGCUAGGAAUAGUAGUGCCGAACAUCAUAUUCUUGAAGGGAAUUCUAACUCUGUACACGUCGAAAACUUGGUACUUCCUUCGCGACCCAAGUUGGUAGAUGCUGCCCCUAAUACCCUUGGUGCCGCUUGUUUAGCAUUGCACUAUGCUAAUGUCAUAAUCGUUAUAGAGAGAUUUGUUGCAUCUCCUCACUUGAUAGGUGAUGAUGCAAGAGACGACCUUUACAACAUGUUACCUGCGAGCGUGAGAACAUCGCUGAGAGAAAGGCUAAAGCCCUACUCGAAAAACUUGACUUCUUCCACAGUUUAUGAUCCAGGACUAGCAAAAGAAUGGACAGACGCAAUGGCGGGUAUCUUGGAAUGGUUGGGUCCGUUAGCUCACAACAUGAUAAAAUGGCAAUCUGAGAGGAGUUACGAGCACCAAAGUUUGGUUUCAAGGACGCACAUAGUUCUAGCACAAACCCUUUAUUUUGCAAACCAGCAGAAGACAGAAGCCAUCAUUACCGAGCUUCUUGUUGGCCUCAACUAUGUAUGGAGAUUUGGCAGAGAACUUAACGCCAAGGCUCUUCAGGAGUGUACCAGUAGUAAAACCACCCUUGAGAAAUGCUUGGACACAGAUAACUAG